AUGACCCUUUUUUGGCAUGUGGUGCUGGAAAGCCGGAGUUUUUCCGGACCGGCGGUCGAAAUGGCUCUCCAGCGCCUCGUCACGAGCGUCCGUCGCCUCAUGCAGACUCCGACGUGGAGCAUGUUCCCGCAGGUCCAGAUGGAGCUUGCUGCCCACGGCGCCUGCGACCAUGACCACGACCACGAGGCCGACGAGCUCAACGACGCGCUCUGGCACGCGUGCCCCAAGUCCAAGGUGACGCCGUCGCGCAAGAAGAUCCGCAACAACGACCCGUCCAAGCGCCUCAAGAACAUCGUGCACCUCCAGUCGUGCGAGCACUGCGGCACGAAGAAGCUUCGCCACAGACUAUGCAUGGACUGCUUCAAGAAGGGCACGUACUUUACGAGCUAA